AUCAGGAGUUGCUCUGUGAUAUCACUGCCACGUGCAAUUUGAUGUGGGCGGGAAAGACUCGCGAGAAGCUAUGAGUACCAGAACCGUGGCCUUACCAAACAUGCAGAUUACAGCUUGCAUCUCUAUACCUAGAAGCUGGAGCGCCACAAGAUGUGACGAAGACUUAGCUCUGCAGCCAGCUAACAAGGAUUGUUAAUGCCACCCUCGUUACACGUCACCCCUUUGCUCCACCAACCACAACUAGAAUUGGGCCAGCCUCAUGGUUUCACAGCUGAGCUUUCUUUGGAUCAUCAACACCCUGGAGCCUGGACAUCGCAUCGAGCAUCGCCAGUAUAUCAAUCUAUAGAGCUCGACGAAUGGCAAAACACCGUGGCAUAGAUGACUCCGACUCGGGGACGACAAGCGCAUACAACAGUGGUGAUGAUGGUCAGGCUCCAGUCGACGAUACAGCUGAAGCUCCAACCAAAGCUCCAGCCGAAGCUUCGUGGGUACCUGUCUUUAGGGGCCCUGAAUUCAGAUUCAGGGAUCGAAUGGAAAUUGUCGCCAUUCAUGGUAUUGCAGGAAAGGAUACUUGGACCCAUUCCGCAGAUCCUCCUUUAGCGGCCCUACUCGAACCUUUUGUUUCCCGCCCCACGGGACCUGAUCACAAGACUGUUCAUGUAUAUACGACGAAUUUCGAGUACGAUCCUGUCGAAUUCUUCCAGGCUCCCGGGGGGGCUUCCAAUUUGGACAAUUUGGCUUUGGCCCUUUUGAAUAAAAUUGCACAGGAAACCUUCUGGAGAGAUACGAAUGAUGGCGUACCGAUGGUACUGCUCGCGCACGACAUAGGUGGCAUCAUAGCACAGAGGGCUGUUCUCAUCGCCAGACAUCUGAGCAAAUAUCAACCCACUGCGUUUGACAUGGAGCGAAUGGUACUGUUUUCGACCCCCGUGAACAGUGCAGAUGACGAGGGAUUCCGAAGACUUUUAAUCAACCUCAUCUCCACAACACCAAACAGAGAUAUCAGAGCUGGUGCAUUUGGCACGUUGGAAGAAAUUGCAAAGGCCUGCAAGGCUACCGCGGAUGAGCUUUGCAAGAUUGCACCAUCUUUAUCCAUCCUGACGGUGUGGGAAAUGGGUCCUCCCGAGAAUGAUGAUAAUUACAACCCUGUGACCAUGAUCGGAGCGGACACUCCAAUCGGUGCAAUUGUCUAUGGAUCUGUGGAUAUUUCCACGUCCACCCGCCUCCCCGAACACCUGCAUCAGAUCAACCUGGAGGACUAUGCCGUGAACGAGGGUCGUCCGCACCGAAAGAUUCUAAUCGACCGCGCCCUGAAUGUGAUAACUAAGAAGGAGCCACGGCUAGCGAAGUUCCGGCACGAAGUGGAAGAGCAGAUUCCCGACUUCGAGAAUAAGUCUAUGGAAGAGACUUGCUCUUUGGACUCAAAUGCGUCCAAGCAAGCCAUCCUCGAAGCACUCCCUGCGCAGUUCGUCGGGAGAUUGCUGAAUGUCUUGGUCGCUCUCCAAAGGUGACGUUUGAUAGGGUGAUUGGCCGCUGGGAUGAUUCUCAUACCGAAUGGGCAGGACGGAUCUCUUGAAGAAAAUUCUUCAACCGAGUCGGGAUCUGGUGCAAUUGCGCGAUCAGACUCAACUAGCCCUAAGGGCUGCCAUC